CAGGGCCCCAACGGGCGCCUCCCAGCGGCCUCUGCGGCGGCCUGGGCGCCCCGACCCGGGCCGCGGCCUGGGCCCCGCGCGUGCGUUGUGCGUGCAUGCGUGCGUGCGUGCCGGCGCGCGGCGGGCGCUUGGCCCAAUGCGCGUGCGUCCCCGGCGGGCCCGAGCCCAGUGCGCGUGCGUGCCCGGCGAAGCCUUCGCACAGUGUGCUUGCGCUCCCCCCCCGCAGCCGCAUGGUCCUGGGACCGGCCCCGGGUUGGCGGCGGCCUUUGUUCGGCGGCCGCGGCGAAGCGGCCGGCUGGGCAAGGGGCACCCCGGCACGGGCCAGACGCCGCUGGGAGGCGGGGGUGGGGGCUGGGCUGUCCCUUUGGUCCUCGUGGGGCGCUCCUGGGGCCGCGCGCAGCCUGGGUCGGCUGGGGAUCCCGGGUUUCAGGGAGCAGGGUUCGCUUUGGGGGACCAGGGAGGGCUGCCUAGGGAUGCAGGUUUCUGGGCCCUUCACAGGGUGGCCUGGUCCUGGAGCUGCGUGUCUUUUAAGAGCCGCCCCUUCCCCAUCCUUGGGCACCGUGGGUAGUGGCCUCUCCAGUCGCCAGACCGGGAACGCGGCCUUUGUGAGCUUCCCUCACCCAAACUGGAGGGAGGGCUGCCCUUGGCCUGAGAGAGGUGGCAGGGACCCCCCCGCCCCUAGUGAAACAGAAUCAGUAGGCGGCUGGAAGCCCAGCCCCAGACCGUCAACCACCUGCUGUUUGCCUUUUCCUUCCUUUUUUUUUUUUUUUUUUUUCCUCCUGAUUGGUGGAAGAUGCUUUUGUUUCUGAGCCAGGCUUGAUGGCUCCCUCCCCUUUGCUUUAGGACCCUGACAAAAGAAAAGCAGGCGGGACACCUGCCACGUGUUGAAUGUCUGCCAGGUGUUGGGGGGUGUGCAGCAGGUCCUGGGCCUUUGCUGUCCUCGUUUUGGGAGGAGUGAAGGAAGUGAGCAGGGUAAGGAUGGCAGCUCAUCCAGGACAAGCUCAGGUUCUAGUGUCCAAAGAGUGCUGGUGGCCCUCCAGUGUGUACUGUAAUUGGCUGCCCCUCUCGUAAUGUCAAGCAUGAAAUAGUGGGGUUACGAUCAUCUUUUAGGGAAACGUGUGUAUUCCCCCUCACUGCGGCUGUCUGUGACGUCACUCCCUCGCUGGCUGUUUAGAGAAGCUUCCUUCUGGGUGCGUGAAGAGGCCUCUCACCACCUCCCCUCAUUUAAUUCUGAGCGCACUUGCGUUCUCACUUCUUCCUUUUAGGUCUGAAGACUGAGGCAGGUCUCUGUUCCUCUAGUCCUUUGUUAAUUUAACAGAUGCCUCUGCAGCACAUGCUGGGUGUCCUGGCCAUGCAGCUGGGAGUGAGACCUGGGCCCUCCCCUCGUGGGUGACAGCUGGUGCCCCAACCCCGUUGCUUUCAUAGUUAACAGCCCGAGCGGGAAGAAGUUCCGGAGCAAGCCCCAGCUGGCGCGCUACCUGGGCGGCUCCAUGGACCUGAGCACCUUCGACUUCCGCACGGGCAAGAUGCUGAUGGGCAAGAUGAACAAGAGCCGGCAGCGGGUGCGCUAUGACUCCCCGAGCCAGGUCAAGGGCAAGCCCGACCUGAACACGGCCCUCCCGGUCAGGCAGACGGCGUCCAUCUUCAAGCAGCCAGUGACCAAGAUCACCAACCACCCCAGCAACAAGGUGAAGAGCGACCCCCAGAAGGCCGUGGAGCAGCCCCGGCAGCUCUUCUGGGAGAAGAAGCUGAGCGGCCUGAAUGCCUUUGACAUCGCGGAGGAGCUCGUGAAGACCAUGGACCUCCCCAAGGGCUUGCAAGGCGUGGGUCCCGGCUGCACGGAUGAGACGCUGCUCUCGGCCAUUGCCAGCGCCCUGCACACCAGCACCAUGCCCAUCACCGGGCAGCUCUCAGCUGCCGUGGAGAAGAACCCCGGGGUGUGGCUCAACACAGCCCAGCCGCUCUGCAAGGCCUUCAUGGUGACCGACGAGGACAUCAGGAGGCAGGAGGAACUGGUGCAGCAGGUCCGCAAGCGGCUGGAGGAGGCGCUGAUGGCCGACAUGCUGGCUCACGUGGAGGAGCUGGCCCGGGACGGCGAGGCACCGCUGGGCAGGGCGGGCGCUGACGGGGAUGAGGACGACGGGGACCAGGAGGAGGGGCCCGACCAGGACCAGGAGAUGGAGCACGUGUAGAGCAGGCACUGGCCGGGUCCCAGCUCCAGCUCGCGCGGGCAGUGACCACGGGUGAUGGGUGGUCCGGGUCCCUGGGGCCUGCCUUGUGCCAGUGGCAGCAGUGCUGGGCCGGGCGCCUCCCGAGAGCACCUGUCUUCAAGGAGGACGGCCUGCCAGGCACGGGUGGCGCCCUUUCUGUCCCUGCACGGGCCCCACCUGCCUGCCUUCCUGCACGGGGCCACCUGCAGACUCGGCCCUCACCCUGCCCAGGCGUGUCCCCUCCCCUGGGCCACGGGGACAUGGCUGAAGCACGGCCUCUCGCCUGAUGGACCCCCCAUGUCUGCCCCUCCUCGGGGUCAUGGCUCCACACUGAACUCGGGCCAGCCUGGUCCCCGUGGCUGCUGCCCUGGACCUCUCGCACAGGACAGCUGCCACUGGGGCCGCCUGCGAGGCUCCCCGCGGGGCUGGAGAAACAUUUGUGGAACUGUCUCCCCUCCCGACCUGCACACAUGAGGGACGGUAUCCCGGACCGCCCAUCAGCCCUUCCAGAAGGGGAUGCAGGAUGGCUCCCCGGGGCCCACCCGGCGGGCACAGCGCUCCCAAGAGCAAAUGGCACAACCCGGACAUUUUCCUUCAGUAAAACUCAUGGUAGAGGUGAGGCCGAUGUCCACGUAGCUGCUUAACCUUCUGUCUGUUGCACACGGACGGGAACUCAGGCCUCAGCGCCUGAAGACCUCACUGUCUGCAGCCCGGCCCAGCCUGAUGGUCAGCGCCGCGGACAGAGAACUAACUGCUCAUGGCCGGACUCGGGCCAGGCUCCAGGCCAGCGCCGCCAUCGGCUGACCUCCAGGCCUCGGUCUCACCUCAUAGAACAGGGACAGUGGCGCUGAUCUGUCAGGUGUGGGGCCUCCCAGUACCUGGGGCUUCUGCAUCCCCAUCCCAGGCGCGUUUCCUGGCCGGUCCUGGGCAGCGGCCUCCGUGGAGCAUGGGGUUUGGAGGCGGUCAGUCAUGCUGUCCCCUCCUGCAGCAAGUGCCCCUGGCCAGGGGAGCUUCUGCUACCCUGAGUGGACCCCGGGCCAGCCCCCUUCCCUCAGCCCCAGGAAUGCCCUUGGGGUGGCCCCCAGCCCCUCCAUCGCCUGGAGACACGAACCCUGAGCCUGUGCAGCCCCAGGGCCCGUCAGUCCUGUCCCAGCCCUGCCACACGCGCGGCCGUUACUGUCGGGGGGCGGGGGGCGCGGGGGAGCCUGGGUCGCUGCCUCAUCGGGCCAGACACCGUGAGCUGCCGUGGCCUGCCCGGCGGGGUGACAGUGGCAGUGGGAGCCCCUCGGGGCUGGGACUCGCUGCCCACUCCCUCCAAGGACUCUGGCCCAGGAGGUUGGGCUGACUGCAUCCUUCCUAGUCCAGUCAAAGCACAAAGCCCUGAGGACUGCGGCCGCUGCACUGCGGAGGCCGCAGUGACACUGCCGGGGGCCAGGCCAUCACGGGCCCCAGGAAGGUCCCUCCACAGAGGCUGCGGCCCCAAGGGAGGCUCCUGUGGGUGGUGUUGAAUAAAGCGUGUCGGGCCAGCGUGGUCUGGGGCCUUGGUU